AUGCUCCGCCUCCGAGGGCGCAUCGUUGCCCAUCUCCUCUCUUUCUCCUCCACCUCUGGCCCGGCCAUCUCCCCCCUCCACCGGCUCCUCUCCGCAUCGGCAGCCGCCGGCCCCAUUUCCCCGAACCCCGGUGGAUUCGCCGUCGAGGACUACCUCGUCGACACCUGCGGGCUCACCCGGCCCCAAGCCCUCAAGGCCUCCACCAAGCUCUCCCACCUCAAGUCCCCCGCCAACCCCGACGCCGUCCUCGCCUUCCUCGCCGGCGUCGGCCUCUCCGGCGCCGACGUCGCCCCGGUUGUCGCCAAGGACCCGCAGCUCCUAUGCGCCAAAGUGGACAAAACCCUGGCUCUGGUGGUCGAUGGGCUCACCGGCCUCGGCCUGUCGCCUCGUCUCGCUCGCCCCCUACUUCCGCUGUAGAUCCAUAGUCCCCAAGCUGCACUACUACCUGCCCCUCUUGGGCUCCUUCCACAACUUCCUCCGUCUGCUCAAGCGCUCAUCCCGCCUUCUGUCGGCGGACCUCGAUAAGUUGGUCAAGCCCAAUGUUGCCUUCCUGAGGGAGUGCGGGCUAGGUGAUGUGAUAUUGCCAAGCUGUGUAUCUGGGAGCCGAGGAUGCUGGCAAUUAACCCGGAGCGCGUCCGCGCAAUGGUGGCAUGUGCUGAAAGAUUAGGUGUACCUCGUGGCGAUGGGAUGUUCAGGCUAGCGCUACAGGCUGUCGCGUUUCUCAACGAGGAGAAGAUUGCCGGCAAAGUGGACUACUUGAAGAAUACAUUCAGGUGGUCUGAUGCCCAAGUGCGCAUUGCUGUGUGUGGCGCUCCGUUUGUGCUGAGGAAGUCCAAGGAAUCUCUGAAGCGUAGGUCUGAGUUCCUAUUCUCUGAAGUGGGACUGGAACCCGUUUACGUUGCUCAUCGACCGAUAAUUCUCUGUCUUAGCCUGGAUGGACGGGUCAGGCCCAGGUACUAUGUUCUGAAGUUCCUCAAGGAAAAUGGAUUGGUAGAUCGCAAGCUGAGCUUCCAUACUGCAGUCAUGAUGACUGAGAAGGUAUUUGUGGAGAAGCUCAUAUGCCCUCACAAGGAAGCCGCACCACACCUCUCUGAAGACUAUGAAACAGCUUGCAAAGGGGAAGUGCCAACUAAUUUCAUAUUUACAUGAACAAAAAACGGCUAUGGAAAUUGGUUACAGUGUAUGGCGCAACAAUGUUAUCAUCCUGCGUGUAAGCUGUUAGUACUUUCCUGUUUCGUUAUUCUUUGCCUAAGAUGAUGUUGGUUGUUUUCUGUAGUAUGCCCGUUACAUGACAGUUUGGCAUUGCUAAAUGCGAACUCCCUAUGACACUGAUAAUUUGGUUCCUGAGCCCAGUAUGUUGAUGUUGCUAUUCCUUA